AUGCAUGAAACCCUUGGCAAUGAGCAUGAGACCUUUGGCAAUGAGCAUGAAACCCCUGACAAUGAGCAGAACUUAUAUCACUGCAACACCACAACACAGCAACUACGUGGAUACAAGCUGCAGAGCCAGCAACUACAGAGAUACCAGCUGCAGAGCCAGCAACUACAGAGAUACCAGCUACAGCGCCAGCAACUACAGAGGUACCAGCUGCAGAGCCAGCAACUACAGAGGUACCAGCUGCAGAGCCAGCAACUGCAGAGAUACCAGCUGCAGAGCCAGCAGCUACAGAGAUACCAGCUACAGCGCCAGCAACUACAGAGGUACCAGCUGCAGAUCCAGCAACUACAGAGAUACCAUCUGCAGAACCAGCAACUACAGAGAUACCAGCUACAGCGCCAGCAACUACAGAGGUACCAGCUGCAGAGCCAGCAACUACAGAGAUACCAGCUGCAGAGCCAGCAACUCCAGAGAUACCAUCUGCAGAACCAGCAACUACAGAGAUACCAGCUGCAGAUCCAGCAACUACAGAGAUACCAGCUGCAGAUCCAGCAACUACAGAGAUACCAGCUGCAGAACCAGCAACUACAGAGAUACCAGCUGCAGCGCCAGCAACUACAGAGAUACCAGCUGCAGAGCCAGCAACUACAGAGAUACCAGCUGCAGAUCCAGCAACUACAGAGAUACCAGCUGCAGAGCCAGCAACUACAGAGAUACCAGCUACAGAACCAGCAACUACAGAGAUACCAGCUGCAGAGCCAGCAACUACAGAGAUACCAUCUGCAGAACCAGCAACUACAGAGAUACCAGCUGCAGCGCCAGCAACUACAGAGGUACCAGCUGCAGAGCCAGCAACUACAGAGAUACCAGCUGCAGAUCCUGCAACUACAGAGAUACCAGCUGCAGAACCAGCAACUACAGAGAUACCAGCUGCAGAACCAGCAACUACAGAGAUACCAGCUGCAGAACCAGCAACUACAGAGAUACCAGCUGCAGAACCAGCAACUACAGAGAUACCAGCUACAGUGCCAGCAACUACAGAGGUACCAGCUGCAGAGCCAGCAACUACAGAGAUACCAGCUGCAGAACCAGCAACUACAGAGAUACCAGCUGCAGAACCAGCAACUACAGAGAUACCAGCUGCAGAACCAGCAACUACAGAGAUACCAGCUACAGACACUACAGCAACUACAGAGGUACCAGCUGCAGAGCCAGCAACUACAGAGAUACCAGCUACAGCGCCAGCACUGCAGAGGUACCAGCUGCAGAACCAGCAACUACAGAGAUACCAGCUGCAGAUCCAGCAUCUACAGAGAUACCAGCUGCAGAACCAGCAACUACAGAGAUACCAGCUGCAAAACCAGCAACUACAGAGAUACCAGCUACAGCGCCAGCAACUACAGAGAUACCAGCUACAGCGCCAGCAACGACAGAGAUACCAGCUGCAAAGCCAGCAACUGCAGAGGUACCAGCUACAGAUCCAGCAACUACAGAGAUACCAGCUGCAGAGCCAGCAACUGCAGAGGUACCAGCUACAGAUCCAGCAACUACAGAGAUACCAGCUGCAGAGCCAGCAUCUACAGAGAUACCAGCUGCAGACCAGCAACUACAGAGAUACCAGCUGUAGAACCAGCAACUACAGAGAUACCAGCUGCAGAACCAGCAACUACAGAGAUACCAGCUACAGACACUACAGCAACUACAGAGAGAUACCAGCUGCAGAGCCAGCAACUACAGAGAUACCAGCUACAGCGCCAGCAACUGCAGAGGUACCAGCUGCAGAACCAGCAACUACAGAGAUACCAGCUGCAGAUCCAGCAACUGCAGAGAUACCAGCUGCAGAACCAGCAACUACAGAGAUACCAGCUGCAGAACCAGCAACUACAGAGAUACCAGCUACAGCGCCAGCAACUACAGAGAUACCAGCUACAGCGCCAGCAACUACAGAGAUACCAGCUGCAGAGCCAGCAACUACAGAGAUACCAGCUGCAGAGCCAGCAACUACAGAGAUACCCGCUACAGCGCCAGCAACUAAAGAGAUACCAGCUACAGCGCCAGCAACUACAGAGGUACCAGCUGCAGAGCCAGCAACUGCAGAGGUACCAGCUACAGAUCCAGCAACUACAGGGAUACCAGCUACAGAUCCAGCAACUACAGAGAUACCAGCUGCAGAGCCAGCAACUACAGAGAUACCAGCUGCAGAGCCAGCAACUGCAGAGGUACCAGCUACAGAUCCAGCAACUACAGAGAUACCAGCUGCAGAGCCAGCAACUACAGAGAUACCAGCUACAGCGCCAGCAACUACAGAGAUACCAGCUGCAGAGCCAGCAACUACAGAGAUACCAGCUACAGCGCCAGCAACGACAGAGAUACCAGCUGCAAAGCCAGCAACUGCAGAGGUACCAGCUACAGAUCCAGCAACUACAGAGAUACCAGCUGCAGAGCCAGCAACUGCAGAGAUACCAGCUGCAGAACCAGCAACUACAGAGAUACCAGCUACAGACACUACAGCAACUACAGAGGUACCAGCUGCAGAUCCAGCAACUACAGAGAUACCAGCUACAGACACUACAGCAACUACAGAGAUACCAGCUGCAGAGCCAGCAACUACAGAGAUACCAGCUACAGCGCCAGCAACUGCAGAGGUACCAGCUGCAGAACCAGCAACUACAGAGAUACCAGCUGCAGAUCCAGCAACUGCAGAGAUACCAGCUGCAGAACCAGCAACUACAGAGAUACCAGCUGCAGAACCAGCAACUACAGAGAUACCAGCUACAGCGCCAGCAACUACAGAGAUACCAGCUACAGCGCCAGCAACUACAGAGAUACCAGCUGCAGAGCCAGCAACUACAGAGAUACCAGCUGCAGAGCCAGCAACUACAGAGAUACCCGCUACAGCGCCAGCAACUAAAGAGAUACCAGCUACAGCGCCAGCAACUACAGAGGUACCAGCUGCAGAGCCAGCAACUGCAGAGGUACCAGCUACAGAUCCAGCAACUACAGGGAUACCAGCUACAGAUCCAGCAACUACAGAGAUACCAGCUGCAGAGCCAGCAACUACAGAGAUACCAGCUGCAGAGCCAGCAACUGCAGAGGUACCAGCUACAGAUCCAGCAACUACAGAGAUACCAGCUGCAGAGCCAGCAACUACAGAGAUACCAGCUACAGCGCCAGCAACUACAGAGAUACCAGCUGCAGAGCCAGCAACUACAGAGAUACAAGCCGCAGAGCCAGCAACUACAGAGAUACCAGCUGCAGAUCCAGCAUCUACAGAGAUACAAGCCGCAGAGCCAGCAACUACAGAGAUACCAGCUGCAGAGCCAGCAACUGCAGAGGUACCAGCUACAGAUCCAGCAACUACAGAGAUACCAGCUGCAGAGCCAGCAACUACAGAGAUACCAGCUGCAGAUCCAGCUACUACAGAGAUACCAUCUGCAGAGCCAGCAACUACAGAGAUACCAGCUGCAGAGCCAGCAACUGCAGAGGUACCAGCUACAGAUCCAGCAACUACAGAGAUACCAGCUGCAGAGCCAGCAACUACAGAGAUACAAGCCGCAGAGCCAGCAACUACAGAGAUACAAGCCGCAGAGCCAGCAACUACAGAGAUACAAGCCGCAGAGCCAGCAACUACAGAGAUACCAGCUGCAGAGCCAGCAACUACAGAGAUACAAGCCGCAGAGCCAGCAACUACAGAGAUACCAGCUGCAGAGCCAGCAACUGCAGAGAUACCAGCUGCAGAGCCAGCAACUACAGAGGUACCAGCUACAGAUCCAGCAACUACAGAGAUACCAGCUGCAGAACCAGCAACUACAGAGAUACCAGCUGCAGAACCAGCAACUACAGAGAUACCAGCUGCAGAACCAGCAACUACAGAGAUACCAGCUACAGCGCCAGCAACUACAGAGGUACCAGCUACAGCGCCAGCAACUGCAGAGGUACCAGCUACAGAUCCAGCAACUACAGAGAUACCAGCUGCAGAGCCAGCAACUACAGAGAUACCAGCUGCAGAACCAGCUACUACAGAGAUACCAGCGGCAGAGCCAGCAACUGCAGAGAUACCAGCUGCAGAGCCAGCAACUACAGAGAUACCAUCUGCAGAACCAGCAACUACAGAGAUACCAGCUGCAGAACCAGCAACUACAGAGAUACCAGCUGCAGAGCCAGCAACUACAGAGAUACCAGCUACAGCACCAGCAACUACAGAGAUACCAGCUGCAGAACCAGCAACUACAGAGAUACCAGCUGCAGAACCAGCAACUACAGAGAUACCAGCUACAGAACCAGCAACUACAGAGAUACCAUCUGCAGAACCAGCAACUACAGAGAUACCAGCUGCAGAACCAGCUACUACAGAGAUACCAGCUACAGACACUACAGCAAAAGCAACUAUAG